GCAGUCUACAGUGGUCGCGGUCGGUUCGUUAGUCGGUUGAAGACGGUUUUUACUGGUCGAGAUUCGUUGAGCACGACGCGGACGUAAUUCACCGAAAUUCGUGCUAACUCGAACGCUACCUGAAGGUCCACGGUACUUUAUUAGAAGAGUUUUUAGCUUUCAAAAAAGUGGCCGAAUGAAGCCGAAGUGAAGUUCUCUCUAACGUUGAUCGGCUCCGGUAGUGCAGCAGUGAAAAAGUGUUUCCAGGAACCGUGGACUACGGAAUUGUGGAAUCUGCUAGACCGCAUCAGGGAAUUUUACGAAUACCGUUCGCCAGGAAUUGAAUUUUUCACGGUAAUUGUACCGUAUUAAGGAUUUUUGGAGUCCCGCCAGCUUGCUGUAUUCACUGCACGUCAUUAUAUAGAAAAGCGAAGAUAACUCCUGCGCGCAAGAUUACCAAGGAAAUUGAGAAGCGUACACUCCUGGCAGAGGACUUGGAUUAAUGCAGAUUUGUAUUUUGCGUAACUAAUCGAGUCCUUUGAAUAUGCUUUGGUGCCUGUUAACCGAGGUUGUGAGAUUAAUUCUGGAAUUGUAAACACGGAUUACCGUGUGUGGAAUUUUUAAUGUACAAGGCUACGGAAUUGUAAUAAAUCCAGAUCGACCCUCCACUUCCGGGAUAAGAACGAUACGUGAAAAUGUUACCACUGUUGACAGUGGAAGUCACGAUAUCGAAUUUCAUUAUCCCGAGAUAUUCGAGUAGACGAGAUAACAAAGACUGUUAAAUCAGGAAUAGGCUAGAAAGUAAAAGUCGUGCCGCUUCGAUACGGAUCGUAAAUAAGAGAAUCGUCUAUCGAUGACGGACUUAUUGAUCGGACUUGCCAGUGGUGGAUUUCCUGGUUCAGCUGGAGGAACGACUAGCACCGGGGAUGUCAUCUUCAGGAAUAGUUCUGCCGGCAUGUACAGGAAUUCGGAGAUGCGUCAUUCCAGGAGCGAAGACUUACUGGGCUCUGCAACUACCAGGACGCCGAGUCCUCUUCUGGCGACCGCUUCGGAGGAUGACCUCGUAGCAGCCACCGCUCUGCGAGAGUGCGGAGCUUGUCCUCCAUGUUCUCUUCCUCCGAGAGCUGCCGGCUCUCCUGGGGCAUUGGCGGAUCGAGUGGAUCCCGAGGAUUCUAUUCGCGACAUCGUCACUGAGAACGACCUCUACAGAUUCGUCUUGUUCAAACGGCAUUACGACAAGUAUGUGGCACUCGCAGCAAGAUACGAAGAGGCUCGAGGCAUCGCCUACUAUCUCGAGGAACGUUAUCACGAAGUCAAGGCCGAGAGAGAGAGGCUGGAGGAGACGCGGCAACUCCUGGAGAAGCGACUGGAGGGCUGCGAGGCCGAGCUGCGGGAUAAGGAGGAGGAGCUCUUCCUGCAGCUGGAGCGGAGUCUACGCCUAGAGGACGAGCUGGAGCGCGUCAGGGCCGACCGGGACGCCUGCAUAGCUGCGCGGGACCAGCUAGAGUGCCAGCAGGCGGCGACCUUGAGGCAGCUGCAGCUGCAGGCCACGCAGAACGAGAUCACCAGGAGGUCCCUGGAGCGCGCGCGCCAGGACGUCGUCCGCCAGGCCACCGUCAUCCGCGCCGAGCGCGACGCUCUCGAGCGGGAGAACGAGACGCUGAAGGAGAAACUGAGAGCCGAACAGGGCGAGCUUGGUGCGGAGCGACGUCGCCGGGAGGAGGGCGUCGCGGCGCUCACCCACGAGGCUGCUACCUUAAGACACGCCGCGCGACACCUCCGCGCCGCGGCGCUGCAUGCCACUUCUUGCAGGCGACGGAGAAGAUGCUCGGUAUGCCUCUACGCGAAGCGCACCUUCGGCGACGUCGACGACAUCCGCGACGAUGGGAAACUCUUCAAGUGCCUUCAAGCACCUCUGCAGGACUUCCGCACUUGGCUGCGUCCCAGCACUCCUGCAGCUUUGCCGCCCCUCAGGACGAGUUCACCCCUUGACCGGGGGAUCAGCUUCAUCGACGACUCCAGCAGCAGUUCCGAAGACGAAGCUUUCCCCAGCACCCCUGUGGCCGAGGUCUCCCUGUCCUCUGCGAACUCCUCGAGUGCCCCUCCGACCGCCAGGGCGUUUUCUUCCGACUCGGGGUUCUCGUCGGAAACGGGGGACAGGCGAUCGCGAUCCUACGAGGGCGGCAGCAACAGUCGGAAGAUCAGCGAAUCGUCGGGCAGCGAAAUCGACGGUCACAGGUCCGCAGGAUUCACCAGGUCCAGGUGGACCUCGUCCUUCCGCAAACUCUUAGGUCGUAAGUCUAAAGCCAAGCCGACUGCCAACCAAUCGUCCUGAACGAUCCCCGCGUCUCCGGGCACCCCGUGCACCAGGUCCGCUCUGGAACUGGUGGGAACUCGGAAAGUUUCCACUAUCCUCAAUUUGCAUUUCUCCAUUCUUUCCGUCGGGUUGGCUCGAAAGUCUUGCGUACCUAAAACAUGAUUUUGCUAAUCCCUUCCCGCCUCUUGAAUUACAAUUUCGGUGAAUUGUCCCUGAAAAAAAAAAGGGAAAUUCACCCUCUGGCGGGAGAUUAGACAAGUAAAAGUCGGUAAAUGUUUAUCCCUUUUUAGCUAGCCCGGUCCUAAAUCAUGAAAAAUGCUCAAAGAUUCUUGAUGACUGCACAUAAUGACGUUUGUAAAGGUACCUUAGGUCUGGUUUUUAAGUUAUGUUGCAUCCUCUUGUCUCGCUUCCUCGCUAGGAUCGGUCAUGCCGCAUUUAUUCGGAGUAAUUAGGAAUAAUUAACUAACAGGUAGUUUUAUUAGGAACGGGCCGCUAGAGCGACCAUUAAUUUUACCAGGCGAGCAAGUACUUCCACGACACCACACUAAUUCUCAGGCAAAUCGACUCUACUGCCAAUAUAGAAUCGCAUAAUUAGUAGUCAUUAAGGCCAACACUUGCGAAGUUGCUCCUUCGAAGGUACAGAGUGUCCGAUCUGUCCUGGCAUUCAGGAAUUGAGAGAGAAACGUUUUCUAAAAAAUGAAAUCGUGACUGGCGCAUCGCAGAAAUGUACUAUAAGGAUUCGAUUUAAAUUUCUAUUUAUCUUUUUGAGCCUUCGAUGCAGUUUUAGAUACUUGAAAAUUCCCUGAGGCUUCGAUGACUAUUUCUUCCCCAUUUUUAACAUUCUUUUUGAUGUAUCUAUUCUUCAUCAAUUACUUCCAGAUUAUUUUAGGUUUUCUUAUCGUCUCUGUAUUCUGUCGAUGCAGAACAUUUUACAAACCUCACGAGGUGUCUUUGAAAAUGGUGAAAGGACCAGUUUGUGGGAUCGAUUGCCUUACAUCUCGAUCUAAUUGCACAGGUUAUCGUUACGUCUCCUUUUUACGCAAAUAGUACUUAAUAGAAACGA